UCUAGAUAUCAGUCAACAUGCUGGGCUCCUUGGUUCUCGUGUGGAUUUGCAUUGUCCUCGUCUUUAUCCUUAUCCAGGUCCGGCGACCAAAGAACUUUCCUCCUGGACCUCAUCCGAUCCCAUUAUUCGGAAAUCUGCUUAAUCUGAACAUUGCCAAUCCUUUAAAAGAUUUUGAAAAAUUAGCAGAACACUAUGGGAAGGUUUAUAGCUUGUAUUGGGGAUCGAGGCCUGCUGUGUUUCUUAAUGGUUUUGAGGUUAUAAAGGAAGCUCUGGUUACUAAGGCUGUAGACUUUGCAGGCCGGCCACAAGACUUCAUGGUCAAUCACAUUGCAGAGAAUAAAGGUGUUGUUUUGGCUGACUAUGGCCCUGGUUGGAAGGAGCAUCGACGUUUUGCCCUCAUGACUCUGAGGAACUUUGGCCUGGGGAAGCAAUCCAUGGAGGAGAGAAUUCUGGGAGAGAUCUCUCGUGUUGUUGCUUGUUUGGAAAAAAGCAUCGGAGGAACCAUGAAUCCUCAGACCUUGUUCCACAACGCAGCAUCAAAUGUGAUCAGCUUGGUUCUGUUUGGAACUCGUUUGGAUUACAAUGAUGAGGUCCUCACACGCUACGUUCAGCUCUUUACAGAGACUUCAAAGCUCAUCAAUGGACCAUGGAACCUGAUAUAUGACACACUUCCUGUAUUGAAAAACUUCCCUUUACCCUUUAAAAAAGCCUUUGCUAAUGUAGAAAAGAUCAAAAAUAUGACCUUGAAUGUGAUCAAUGAGCACAAGAGGACUAGAGUCCCAGGAGAGCCGAGAGACUUCAUCGACUGCUAUCUGGAUGAGCUUGAUAAGAGAGGAAAUGAUGGUUCCAGCUUUGAUGAAGCCCGGCUCAUUAUGUACAUUGUGGAUUUGCACUUUGCCGGCACUGAUACUACAUCCAACACCCUCCUCACUGCAUUUCUCUACCUCAUGAAUCACCCUGAUGUUCAGGAGAGAUGUCAGCGAGAGAUUGAUGAUGUUCUGGAAGGUAAAGAUCACGCGUCAUUUGAAGACAGACACAACAUGCCGUACACACAAGCUGCGAUUCAUGAAGUUCAGCGUGUUGCUAACACAGUACCACUGAGUGUGUUUCACUGCACCACCAAAGACACACAACUGAUGGGUUACAACAUCCCAAAGGGGACUCUUGUAAUUCCUAAUCUUACUUCUGUACUGAAUGAAGAAGGUCAGUGGAAGUUUCCUCGUGAGUUUAAUCCAGACAACUUCCUGAAUGAUCAGGGCCAGUUUGAGAAGCCUGAAGCCUUUAUUCCCUUUUCUAUAGGCCCCCGUGUGUGUCUUGGUGAGGGUCUUGCUCGUAUGGAGCUCUUACUGGUCUUGGUUACUCUUCUGCGCCAUUUCCAGUUUGUUUGGCCUGAAGAUGCCGGGGAACCAGAUUACACCCCAUUAUUUGGCGUCACACAAACACCCAAACCUUACAGAAUGCACAUCAGACUUAGAGAACCAGUCAAAUGA